AUCCGAUCACGCAGUUUGACACACGCCGAUUAGUACAGCUUUUGCGAAAUCAAGCAGUGUGACACGGUGUGGCGAUCUUGGAAUCAAGGCACUGGAGGAAACUUUACGAGCGGGCUUCGACGAGCUACAAAGCAUAAUCACUCGGAUGCGAAGUUUGGUCCUCAUAUCAACCCUAUCGACCAGCGAAACUGUACUGCGCAGGCUUCGUGACGAUGGCUGAUAAUUCUGGCCGUGAUCAGGUACGGCGAGUCAAGGUAUUGUGCCUACAUGGCAAGGGUACAAGUGCCGCCAUCUUGGAAGCACAAACAGCCAGACUACGCCACUGUAUCCAAGACUCAGACACAGGGCUGGAUGUGACUUUCGACUUCGUGAAUGCCCCUUUCCGAUCCGAACCCGCGCCUCCUGUCGACCACUUCUAUCCCGGUCCAUUCUUCUCCUUCUACACCUCCUCGACUACACGAUCUCUCGGCGCAUCCCAUGCGUGGCUCUUGGACCUUAUUGAGAGGCAAGGGCCUUACGACGGCGUGAUCGGGUUUUCUCAGGGGUGUGCAUUGGUAGGGUCGCUACUGCUUCGUGUCCAGCGCGUCCACGCCGAUCAAGCUUUGCACAAAAGCUCCUGGCCUGAAGCGCUGUUCAAAUUUGCCAUCUUCAUUUGUGGGGGAUUGCCCUUAUCCUUUCUCGAACAGCAAGGCUAUAAUGUGUCUGAAGAAGCGAAAAUCCUCGACGAGCAGUCGGCGCAAGCUCUUACGCGUCAAGCAUCCUGGUCCGCUUUCCUCGAGAAAGGUACCGCAAGAUGGAAAAACGACAACACGGACGAGAAAGUCACGUUCGAUCGGAACAGUUGUGUCGUAUCAUCGGUUGGCCAGCUACUGGUCUCUACUACUAUCUCUGGCCUCGAUUGUGACCAGAUGGUUCCUGAGCAUCUGAUUCAAAUACCCACUGUACACAUAUACGGCGCCCGGGAUCCGCGGAUGCUUGCUUCUCUACAGCUCGCGAGGUUCUGUAGGAGCGAUCGAAGAAAGGUCUAUGGGCACAAACAAGGAGGAGAAUGGAACGAUGGCUCGACUAUCAAUUUGGGCGCUGAGAGAGUCUAUGAUCGUUUGAGAAGAUCGGCUUGUUACCUAAGUAGGCAGCUAGGUGCAAGCUUGUUAGUGGACAGUAGACUAAGGGCGGUAACUAUAUACAUUUCUAUCAUCUGAUGCGGGUUAGUGAUAAAUUCAUGCAAGCUUGUUUGCAUGGUCAGUUGCCACGCGUCUGUAGUCGGAGUUUCUAAUGGACGAUUAAAGGCAGUGAACUAUAGACCUCUAC